GCGGUAACUGCCGAACAGGCAUCGUGCCAUGGUUGCCGACUGCCCCGACGCGAUCUGGAUUGCCUCCAGGAAAGGAAACACCGAGGUCGUAAAGCACAUACUCGAGGAAACUGCAGCUGUGCACAAAGUGAGAUGGUCAGGUGUCACAGCUCUCCAUCGAGCUUGUGAAGGGGGCAACCUCGACACAAUUGAACUCCUUCUCGACAGAGGCGCGGACAUCAACGCUCGAAGCACAUGGGGAUGGUAUUCUCCAUUGCACGUGGCUUGUCGGUAUGGUCAAGAAGCCACAGUCAAGUAUUUGCUCAGUCGCGGAGCUGAUUGGACCAUCAAGGACAAGCGCAAGUUGACGCCAUUCAAGUAUGCUAUCCGCGCUGGUCAUGCGUCGAUGGCUCACCGCAUCGACGAGUGGAACGUCGCGAGACAGAAAUGCCACCUCUAGACACCGAGGGCAUUCCCUCACAUGAAAUCCGUGUCGGACGUCUUGGAGGAAGGCGACGACGUUGAGGUUUCCCACAUCUUCUGUAGCUACAGCACAAGGCACGCGAGAUUGCACAGAGAGCGACGUGAAUCAUGGCAAAGUCGACCGCAGCGCUACCGCAUCAAUGCAUUUCUUCAUCCAUUCCUUCCUAGCUCUGGCAUAAUUUGACGUACCUCCCAACACGAUGCACUUUCAUUGGCA